UGAAGUUAAAGUUUUAAAUACAAGAAAACUGGAUUGAAUCCAAAUGAAUUACUACUUUCGGCCAUCCAUUCAUCAAUGGCUAACCAAUUAAUCCAACUCCCACUUCUUCUCUUGAUCUGUGUUUCACUACCAUGCCUAAUUUCAAGUCUUUCAAACGGGGACGAUCAGUUCUCCAUUCUAAACCAGCCAAGCUCCUCUGUUCCCAUCAUCUCCGAGGAGAGAUCGGUAGAACUCUUCCGUCUAUGGAAGGAGAAACAUGGGAAAGUGUACAAACACGCAGUCGAAGCAGAGAAGAGAUUUAAAACGUUCAAGAACAACUUGAAGUAUAUAAUUGAGAAGAAUUCCAUCAAGGGAAGUGAUUCAAAGUUGAUGCAUAAAGUGGGUUUGAAUAAGUUUGCAGAUUUGAGUAAUGAGGAAUAUAAAGAGAUUUACUUGUCAAAAGUGAAGAAACCCAUGAAGAAAACUAUGGUUCAUAGCCAGGAGAAGAAGAGAAGUUUGGGGACUUGUGAUGCCCCUACUUCUCUUGAUUGGAGAAAGUAUGGGAUUGUUACUGGUGUCAAGGAUCAAGGACAAUGUGGAAGUUGUUGGUCUUUCUCAUCAACAGGCGCCAUAGAAGGAAUCAAUGCACUUGUAACCGGGGAUCUGGUUAGCCUUUCGGAGCAAGAGCUUGUGGAUUGCGAUUCAACCAACUAUGGUUGUGAUGGUGGCUACAUGGAUUAUGCAUUUGAAUGGGUAAUUAGCAAUGGUGGGAUUGAUUCUGAAUCGGAUUACCCAUAUACAGGAACAGAUGGAACUUGUAACACUACCAAAGAAGAUACAAAGGUUGUUUCAAUUGAUGGUUAUACAGAUGUGGCAGAGGAAGAAAGUGCUCUGCUUUGUGCUGUUGCUAGUCAACCUGUUAGUGUUGGAAUAGAUGCUAGUGGUUAUGAUUUCCAACUCUAUACUGGUGGUAUCUACGACGGGGAUUGUACAGAUGACCCUGAUAACAUAGAUCACGCGGUUCUUAUAGUUGGGUAUGGUUCGGAAGGCGACGAGCAAUAUUGGAUAGUAAAGAACUCGUGGGGAACUAGUUGGGGAAUUGAAGGUUAUAUCUACAUUAGAAGGAACACUUCUGAAACUUAUGGUGUUUGUGCCAUUAAUGCAAUGGCAUCAUACCCAACUAAAGACUCUUCUUCCUCGCCAUCUCCUUUCCCUUCUCCGGCUGUUCCACCACCACCACCUCCUCCGUCUACUCCUCCGCCACCUCCCCCAUCACCUACACCUCCUUCUCCAUCCCCUUCUCAAUGCGGAGACUUCUCCUAUUGCUCGGCUGAUGAGACUUGUUGUUGUUUGUUCGAGUUCUUUGAUUAUUGUUUCAUCUAUGGGUGUUGUGGCUAUGAGAAUGCAGUGUGUUGUUCUGGCACCGAGUAUUGUUGUCCUAGUGAUUACCCCAUUUGUGAUAUCGACGAUUUGUUAUGUCUCAAGAAUUCGGGAGAUUACUUGGGAGUGACGGCUAAGAAGCGUCAUAUGGCGCAGCACAAGCUACCAUGGACUUCAAAAUUUGAAGGAAAAAGAGAGGAUUAUAGAGCCUUGCAAUGGAAGAGGAACCCUUUUGCUGCUGCUUGAAACUUUCUUCUUUUAGUUCUCUCAUUUUCUCCCCUUUCUUUUCGUGAUAUUUGUUCUAUCAUUUUUAGGAAGUACUUCACUUUGGAUUUGAAGUACUUGAAACUACUCUUUGAUGUAUAAAACAUCACAAAAGAAAAAAGGAAAGGGAGGAAAUUUCAUAAUUGCAUAUCUAUCUUCUUUUUUUUCUUUUCACUUCAAUGAAAAUCAAUGUAAUAUGUCAAUAAAAUGGGAUGGAGGAAACUCAUUUUGGUUGAA